AAUCUAGUGGAAAAUAAGAAAUGUGAUGAGCUGCUCGAUGUGUUCCCUGCUGGUUUUCAGCAGGGUCUAAUCCCCACUAAUUAUCCAUUUACUCAAGCCAACUGGAACUGCCUUUGCCCAAAAUCCAUAAUUCCCCAUAACCAAGUAUUCUCAACCGUGUCGAUUUUGACAUUACAGACCAUUCCAAGGACAGUAACCUAUGAUGAUAAAACGGGAAGAAACCUACUCCAGUGGCCAGUCGACGAGGUAGAGAGGCUAAGACAGAGCAGCCAAGAGUUCAGCAACAUCACACUCGGCGUCGGAUCAGUAGCGCCAUUGGACAUCAGCAAAGCCACACAGUUGGACAUCGAGGCCAAGUUCGAGAUAGAUGCGUCGGCCUUGGAACGGGCUAUCGAGGCCGACGUGGGGUACAACUGCAGCACAAGCGGUGGUGCCGCUGGGCGUGGUGCAUUGGGACCUUUUGGAUUGCUCGUGUUGGCCGACCAGGACCUAAGUGAGCAGACUGCAGUGUAUUUUUACCUUGGGAGGGGGACGGAUGGCGGCCUUGGUACUUUCUUCUGCCAGGAUGAGUUGAGGUCGUCAUUGGCAAAUGACCUUGUCAAGAGGGUUUACGGUAGCUCGGUUCCUGUGCUCGAUGGUGAAAGCUUGACAGUGAGGAUUCUGGUAAGUUGGAAUACGUGGUAAAAAUUAAUUUUGCUUUUGUAUUAUCGUCUGAUGUUCUAAAUGGGUAGAGUCGCUUGGG